AGGAACAGUUCGAUCGAUCGCGGCGGUCAUUCAGAGAACUUUUUCCGUGAGAAAGUCCAAGGAACUUUUUUUUUUUUCCUGGGAGGAAACAGCUCAUCCUUCGUGGAUUUUCAGAGGUGAAGCCGUGGUGUGUCGGAUGAACUAACUUCAUAAGCCUCCAGGACGCAGCCGGCGAACAGCCACAGCGGUCUGGAUAGAUCACGCCCCAGGCCGGCGCACGCCCCAGGCCGGCGGCCAUUCCCGGACAGCAGACCUCGGACUAGGGUCCCCAAGAUGUUACAAGCUUUUCUGCUACUGAGUUUCUUUGUUCCAAUGACUGCUAAGCUAGCCCAGGAUCGCCCAGCUGACCUACAGAGGUUGAAGCAGAGCCCACUGGAAUGUCCAGCAGGCCAGUACCUGUCCGAGGAGGAUGGCUCGUGCAAAGCUUGCAUAGAUGGUGAAAACUACACCAGCGGUCCCAACGUCCUGCCUUCCUGCCUUUCCUGCAGGGUCUGUAAGGAAGAUAAAGUCAUAAAAAGCCCAUGCGUCAAAGCUAGAAACACAGAGUGUGAGUGCAAACCAGGCAGCUUUGAAGAUAAAGACUCGACUGAGAUCUGCCAGACAUGCUCUAACUGCACUGAUGGGGAAGAUGAAGUGAUCCCCUGCACCCCAAAGGCAAACCGGAAGUGUGUCCCCAAAAACACUCAAAUAUCUCAGCAUAACAUAGGCCUCAUAAUAGGGCUCUCGGCCUCGGUCAUAUCAGUGGUGCUGUUUGUAGCUGUCAUCUGGAAGACUAAAGCAUGGGAAACAGUGUGUCUCUUUAUGAGAAGAGUCUAUCCAGGCUGUGAACAGGACCAUGAAAACACAGUGGGUUUAUCUCUCUUGGACGCACAGACAUCGAGCAAGACAAAUGGCUCUCACCACAACACGGAACCUGACAGAACUCAGAGUUCGCCAUCAGGAAGGAAGUUGCUGGUACUGGCAAAUGGAAACAACCCAGCUGAUGCCCUGAAGUUGAUCUUCGAGCGCUGUUCGGCCGAAGUGCCCUUUAACUCCUGGGACCGUCUCAUGCGGCAUAUGGGCCUCACAGACAAUCAAAUUCAAAUGGUCAGGGCUGAAACACAAGUCCCAUGUGAGGUCUUGUACCAAAUGCUGCUGAAGUGGCUCAACCAAACUGGGCUAGGCGCCUCUAUCAACCACCUGCUAGGUGCCUUGGAAGCUGUGGGAGAAAGAUGUGCCCUGGAGGAAAUUGAAGACUAUGCUGUGAAAUCCGGGAAGUUCGUUUAUCAGAACACUACAGCCUAGGCAGGUGUGGUAACUCAGAAGACAGAGCCAAGAGGAUCUCUAUUAGUUUGAAGGUAGCCUGGUCUACAUAGUGAACUCAGGAUAGCCAAGUCUAUGUAGAGAGACCCUGUCUCAAAAGUAAAAGAGGAGGAGGAGAAACUGCUGCAGGUUCUUCAGUAUUAUUGAAAUGUAUUUUAUUUUUCUUGCUAUAUUUAUUGUAUCAUAUAACUGUAUUGUCCUAAAAGUUGAACACAGAGCCUCUUGAACAUAAGUGUUCUAACACAUCUUCAGCCUCCUGGUUUACCUUUGUUCCUGGACAAGGCACGAUUGGUAGGGUAUGAUAGAACCUGCCUAUCAUUCUAACACUGGGGAAAUGAAGCCAGAAACAUCAAGAGUUCAAGGCCAGUUGGUUUACAUGAGCUCCUGUAUAAUGUGCAGGCUAUCCGUAAAUUAUCAUAUGCUGUCUAAGUUUGUUGAGAGCUGACUCUGGGGACAAAGAAGGUGCUACCAUCCCAGAUUCUGGCAUAUUCAUUUCACAGGUCUACCAAGACCCCUUGUCCAGAGACAAAAUACCCCCUCUGUAAC